UUUCAGAUGCGUCUUCUGAUUCUUCUCCUAAUUUGCUCUGCAUUCUCCACAUGCUCAGUGCUCGACUCAUUCCGUGCCAAUGGAAUCGAGUUUGAAGUUUACGGUGAAGGACGUCUGAUUCCGGAGAAGCAACACUGUGUACCGUAUACCUUGGAUCUCAAUGAGUUUGUCAACUCGUUCAACACGAACAAUAUGAAUGAGUACAGUCGAGGGCUUCUUCAAAAGCGGAUUUUCACGAGUUUCGACGCAAUUUGCCGCAAAUUCAAUAUCCAAACCGAGAACGAGCAACCAGAAUACAAUCUGACAGAGGAUAGAUCUCAAAUGAGAUAUUUGGAUUAUUUCGACUACAAUUGGAAUAGUCUUCGAUUCGAACGAGAUCUCAAAUCUCUAUUUUUGGAGAAUAAAAUCAAUAAUCCAUUCCUGGAUUCAGUCACUGAAGAAACCAUCAAAAGAGCCGGAGCCAACGAUGUUCUAGACUUUGCUCAAAAGACAACGGUAUUCCCGAAGACUUGCAACGUGAAACAGAUGACUGUUCAGACGAUGAUUUGCUUCAAUAUUUCAGAUAUUCCACAAUCUGGAACUAUUUAUGCGUUGGCCCAUGGAGGAGAGUUCUUGCACAAUGAGGAGGUCUAUGCCUAUUAUGAUAUUCCACAAUUCGUCCUGAUCACUCAACAAGCUGUAAUCCCAAUUGAGCUUGAAAAAUGCAAAGUUUUGUUCGGCACGUACAUUUACUGCUUCGAAGAAUUUGACACCCAAUGCGACGUUCGUACUCUCUCGGAUUGCCCAAUUUACGCCUACAAGACCGAAGAUGAGUUUGUCUUCCGCAGAAGCUUCGGAAUCGGAUAUAUUUACGCUACGACCGAGUCUGAUGUUGAUUUGUAUCAAAAUGGCACAAAAUCAACCGUUCCUGGACGUGUCUUCGUGCUCCGAACUAGUUUUGGAACUCCAACCACUGAAAACGGAUCACCAGUUAUGAUGCCCGAUAUGACACCUCAUCACGAGCCGGAGAAGAGCCAAUUCGCCGAAUUGCUGCCAGAAUCGCAGAAGAUUCUGAAGUCCGACACUCCGACACGAUUGUAUACCACUCAACGACGUGGUGUGAACAUGCUAAGCCAUAAGCAUUACGAUCAAGGAGCCUGGGAUGCCGUUCGAGACUUUUUCGGAUUUUAAUUGACUUUUAAUUUUAAUAUUUUUUUCACCACGAGUACCAAUUUCCAUCAGGGAUCCAAUCCUUUUUUUCAAAUUUCAAUUUCCAAUAUGAAUCUUUUAAUAAAACAAGUUUGAC